CUCCACUUUCAAUGCAUUUAGGGCUGGAGCGGAGGCAGAAAGGACCACUAAUGGCGUCGCCUUGCUCGGCAGUGGCCAAGUCUCAAAAUGUGAGAGAGAAAGAGAGAGAGAGAGAGAGAGAAAGGGGGCUUUCCUUUUCUACACCUUGCAUGCGUUGCAUGGGUUUUUGUUAGUAAUGGGCUUGGCAUUUUGUGUUGUGAUUGUCUUCGGCAUUUGCCUUUCCCUUUGUUUUUUCUUCUUCGUGCGCGGUGUUUUCUUCGUCUUUGUACUUUGCUUCCGGCAAUUUGGCAGAAUUUCCCACGUCUGUUGGCUCGAUCCAGAGCCGGCAACGACACUGUCACGCUCAUUUAAUGGUGGCUGAGAGAUGAGUUCAAAAGAAGCUGCUCCUGUUGCGUAUUCAGGUAUGCAGUAGUCAAUCGCGCAGUGAGCUACAGGACACCAACCAGAGGUUUGGAGUAGCUAUUGCGCACAGACACAAGAUGGUAGAAGCGGACUACAAGAUCAAUAUGCACGCUCAUGUCGCCGGCCUCAAGAGGCUGUCGGCAAGGGCGAAUGCCGGGCCUGCAUUGCCGGCUUCUCCCGGGAGCCGGAAGGUGUCCUUCUCCUUCUCCGGAUACGGCAUCAACGUGAUCGAGCGCUUGAGAAAAUGCCGGGUUCACAUCGACAAGGGUCUGAGUGAGGAGGAGUUCGAGAGGAUCGAGGCCCUCUUUCAGUUCACUUUCCCACCAGAUCUCAGAGGAAUUCUCAGAGAGGGCCUUCCACUCGGCGAUGGCUUUCCCAACUGGAGGUCUGGCGGUCCGCAGCAGCUCAAGAUGUGGAUAAACAAGCCGAGAGCUGGCCUCCUAGCCGACGUCGAGAGAGGAGUUUUCUGGUUGAAGCAGUGGGGGCCAAGGCCAGCCGAGCUCCACAAGGCCGUCCAGAUCGCUCGCGGACAACUUAAGAAGGCCCCAGUGCUCCUCCCUGUUUAUGGUCACUGCUACGUCGCUGCGGCACCAGUCCGGGCAGGAAAUCCAGUCUUCUUCGUACAGGGACGAGAUGUCUACUGCUGCGGCCUGGACGUGUCGGACUUCUUCCACAGAGAUUCAUUCGCGUCUCGGUCCCUCGUAAGGAGCAGUGCGUACGUCCCAGAGCCAGUUUUCUUGGGUGACUUCAGCGGCAAGAGCGCGGGGAGACCGGUAACCAAGAGUGAAGACAAGUGUGAAGAGUUUCUAAGUCUGUACGAGGAGGAAGAUAUGGACAUGGAGUCGUUCAGCGCUACUAGCAGCUGCCGAGCGACGCCACUGGUGACAAAGUUCUCGGCGAGCUGCUCGACCGAGACGUGGAGCAGAAGCUUGGACGCACUGGCCUGCCGGAGGAAGUCCAAUGACUCGUCGAGGAGCGUCUUAAGUCCGAGGAGCUCGUCCGGGAGCAGCUGCGACGGGAGCUGCGAGGACUCGCCGUCCGUGAGGGACGCACAGGGCCGAGCGAGAGCUUCCAGAGUUCGCAGAAUUGAGCUCUGGAGCGAUCUCUCCGAGAAGGGGCAGAGUAUGAACUCGGUGGCUUCCACGUCCGAUCUGGAAGACGACGAGCAGGCAGCCACGGACUGCGACGACUACUUCGAAUUCGAUGGAGAGUGGGAGAACGGUGCCGAGAGCCUGAUGAAGGAAACCGUGGAGGACAUGUCGAGCAAGCUGAGGCAAGGAGGGUGGAAGGAGGAAGACAUAGCCGAGAUUGUCGGGGCGGCGUCUUCGUGCUCGGAUCACAAGAGGGGGAUGCCGGACCGGCAGACGGUCCUCGAGGGACUGGCUUUCCAUCUCGACUAUCUCUCGUGCUCGCUGCGAAAGGCCGGGUGGAGCGUUCACGACGUAGCCGAGACGCUUUGCUUCGACUUUGGAGCCUCGGGCGAGCGGCGAGCCCGAGCAAAGAAGGUGUCUCCACAGGUUGCUCAGAGGAUUGGCAUGCUGGCAUCAUUCGUCGCACAGGGGUAGUAGAUCGAUCGAAAUGCUCCUCUUCUUUCGAUGGAGGGGAAACUUCACAAGAGUUUGCUCGGCUCGGCUCGGCUCGUCACUCCAUCGGUUGCUUGGUUUUCGACCAAGGCUGGCUUUUUUUGUGUAAAGAUCCUCGCAAAGAAACAGAGAUUUGAUAAAAGCUAAACACCAAGGAGAGAAAAGCUUUGUUUUUUUUCUUUGUUUAAGAAAGAACGUUCUUUCUCUUCUGGAAA